AAUAAUUUUUUUUUCGAACACAAACCAAUCAAAUGGAAAGAAUUGAUUGGAAUCGAAAUGAAAAUCAGUCCAGCCGACGAUCCUUGCCAUCAGAUUUUAAUAUUGGUAAUUUUUUACGAAAUGAAAAAUUAUUAGCUGCAGCUAAAAAAUAUGAUCGAUCACUAUCAUCAACGAAUGAAAGUACAACUUCACCCUCAUUAACAUCAUCGAAUCAAAUAAGUUUGGUAGAUUUAUUCGUCAAGUUUGAUUAUUGGACAUUGGAUCUUGAAUAUAUGAUCUGUUGUUUAGUUUCAAUUUUCUGGUCUUUUUGGGGCAUUUUACUGAUUUUUGGUUACAUACGAGCCGAUUGCUUUCAACAACAUCAACUCGUCUUUGCAUUAUCAUCCGUAUGGUAUUUUAUUAAUAUUAUUGGACAAAUUUUAACAAUUACGGCAUUGACUUAUGCUCGAAACACGGAAAAAUGGUUAACAAAAUUAUACAUUCUUGAUUCAACUAUUGGCACAAAAAUUUUCAUAACUAUCAUUCAUUUUUUAUGGAUGAUGACUGCAUUGAUGAUUCAACCUUGUGGCCAAAUUUGUUCAAAUAAUUAUUUCAAUGAUUGUGACAAAAGUGAAAAUGAAUUUUUUGGACAUCGUUUUACUAAAUGGAUACAAUUCUAUGGUAUUCAAAUGAUUGCAAUCACACACGCAUGGUGUUCAUUAGGCGAACUAACUACAGCAAUGUUAUUAGCGAUCAAACGUAAUGAUUUAAAAAUCUAUUCAUUAUGGCGUAUGAAUCGUCUUGAUGAUUAUAUCAAAGAAGUUCAAACUAUUAUGUGAUAAUCAUAGAAAUUGUAUUUUUGAAUUUUUGUUAAACUAAUGCCCGAAUGAGAGAGUAUAGUCAAGAUAAAAUUUUGA